CGAUAAAUAUAAAGAACAAUAUACUAGCUUAGUAGUGGAUAUUUAUUGCCUCACCCUGUACAUAUAUAUUGUUGGUCAACGUCGAACCUCGAAAACAUUAUCGUGUUUAUUCAGUCGCUAUGCGUAAAUAUGGACGAAACUCAGCGCUCAUCAGCAUGUACUCCAGGAAUCAUAGUGACACCAAAGAAGCUAUUUCUGUUUAUCAUCAUCAUCAUUAUACUCUCGGGAUUGUUACAUCUCUUUCUUUAUGGAUAUAUCAAUAUUACCAUCUCGACAAACUUCCCUAGUGUACGCUACAUACGCGAAUACAGCACGAUUGGGAAUGCAACACACAUUAUUACAGAGCAUGGAACACAUAGUGCAGGUAGCGACAUCCUUGCACGGCUACAGAAUAGCAUCCCGGUCACCAACCUCACACAAGAGAUGUAUGACAGAGCGUUCCUGUGGAGAGGAAAUACAGCCAAGUUGAAGAAAAUAUUUAGAGAUGCAAUUGUGAAGAAAAGACCAAUUUCCAUGGCAACCAUUGGUGGAUCCGUUUCUGCUGGUGGAGGAGUAAAGGCCUCGUGUGAAUUUCCUUGUCUGCACAUGGAGAUACUGGCGGAAUGGUUACGCACAGUUUUAGGCGUUCGUGUAGAAUCUCGGAACGUUGCAAUGAGCGGCGCGAACAGUGAACUAUAUGGCUAUUGCCUUGAUGCACAUGUUGAUGCAGAGUCUACUGAUAUUCUCAUUGGUGAACUCUCUACAAAUGACAGAUUAUCUUUUUCACAACCUGGAUUUAAAGAAAGGGGACGGCCAUUCGAAGAAGUGAUACGCAAUACAAAAAUGCAUCGUGAAAAACCAGUUUUUAUUUCGGCAGGUUUUAUUGAUAGUAGACUCCUAAUACUUGAGUUGACUAAUGGUCAUAAUUGUUCGUUCGAUCUUGAACAGAAUUAUUAUAAACCAUUGCUCAAAUAUUACGACAUAACCGGGGUGUCGUUACAUCGAGUUGUUUGUCCAGUUUAUGGCCUACAACCUGGCUUCCGUAUGUUGGAUGUUAUUGGAUUUGACCUGUUUCAUCCGGGUCUUCUCUCACACCGCUAUGUUGCGAUUAUUCUUAUGAAAUUUUUCGCUGGUAUUAUUGAGGGAACUUUGAAGUCAUUGGAGGUCGUGGAUCCACCAGAGCCAUCCCUUCCUACUCCUUUGUACAAUAGUACAUGGAUUACAAACCCCGUAUGUUUCACUAAUACGCGCCAUGUACAUCCAAGGAGCUCUAGCAAUCAGUCUUGGGCAGAAAUGAUCAAAAGCAAUAUCAGUAUCCCCGUCAAAUACGACAAUCUGAGAGCGAUAGAAAUGAAAGGAUUUCACAAAUUCUUCAGUAAUUCAUCUAUGCGCAGGUAUGAAAAGUAUGACAUUAUGGAGCAUCGUAACGAUGUGAUGGAUGGUUACCAAGGUAACAAAGUAGGUGACUGGAUUACAAUGGAGCUAGUCGCAUCCGGCAAACCUCCGGGAAGUGUUCAGCAGGUCCUUUCAGUGGCAUACGUUACCUGCGAUUCCUGUGACUUGGCAGUCAUCUCUGUUUGGCUUGGCAUACAUGAAAAGCCAAUUUCACCGGUUUUUAAUUUCAAGACGGUUGCAGGGUCAGCUGGCGUUAUUAUAAUGCCAAUAGAUGGCUUAAAUCUCAGUGAUUACGUGAAAGAGCAUCAGGUUUUCAACGUUACUAUGAAGUUAAAUUGGGAUUAUAACUUUUUAUUACAUACAGUGAUGAUUGCUUGGCGAUAA